AUGGCAACAACAAGAAACACCAACGGAACCCGCAAGCACCGCUUCCUGAUCUGGGGCGGCGAUGGCUGGGUUGCUGGGCAUCUCAAGGCCCUGCUGGAAAGCCAGGGCAAAGAGACGCACACGACCACGGUCCGCAUGGAGGACCGCGAGGCAGUUUUGAGAGAACUCGACCACAUCCAACCAACACAUGUGUUGAACGCCGCCGGAUGCACUGGGCGUCCCAACGUUGACUGGUGCGAGGACAACAAGGAGGCCACGAUCCGGUCCAACGUCGUCGGCACGCUGAACCUGGCCGACUGCUGCUAUCUUCGGGGCAUCCACUGCACCGUCUUCGCCACUGGCUGCAUCUACCAGUACGACGAGGCGCAUCCGUGGGACGGGCCAGGCUUUCUCGAGACCGACCCGCCCAACUUUGCCGGCAGCUUCUACUCCAUGACCAAGGCCCACGUCGAAGAGAUCAUCAAGCAUUACAAUAAUUGCUUGAUCCUGCGGUUGCGGAUGCCAGUCUCGGACGACCUCCACCCGCGGAGCUUCGUGACCAAGAUCACCAAAUACGAGUACGUGGUGAACAUACCAAACAGCAAUACCAUCCUGACAGACCUGCUGCCGGCGUCCAUCCUGCUGGCGGAACACGGCGAGACCGGCGUCUACAACUUCACCAAUCCCGGCGCCAUCUCGCACAACGAGGUGCUCUCGCUGUUUCGCGACAUUGUCCGUCCGUCCUUCACGUGGAAGAACUUCAGCCUCGAAGAGCAGGCCAAGGUCAUCAAGGCCGAGCGCAGCAACUGCAAGCUGGCCACUGACAAGCUGGUGGCCAAACUGAACGAGUUUGGCUACGAAGUUCCCGAGAUCCACGAGGCGUACCGGCGGUGUUUUGCGCGGAUGAAGGCUGCUGGGAUCCAAUAA